CUAUUAGGCCACAAGCUUCAGCAUGUCUAAGCCAGGGGGUUACAGCAGCCAGUCCUGCUCCCCCGGCAGCGCAGCACCGGCCAAAGGCCAAGCCAGCAUCGAGGCGUCGGCCAAAGCCAGGGAGAAGGACGACAUGGUUGGACUGAAUGACAAGUUCGUCAAGUUGAUUGACAAGGUGAAAAACCUGGAGGAUGAGAACAAAAAGCUUGACAUGAAGUUGAAGAUCCUCAAAGGGCAGGAGGUCUACGAGGGGAAGGUCGACGACAUUGUGAAGCAGGUGAAGAUGGAGCUCGAGCAGCAAAUCUUGAACUUGCUCAGCAACCAAGAAAAGUUGCAGGCUGAGCUGCUCAAGAUCCGGGAGGAGGUGGAGAACACCAGGCAGAGGUACGAGGAUGAGCUGCAAAAGAAAGCUGAUCUGGAGAAUGAGUUUAUUGUCACCAAAAAGGAUGCAGAUGAUGGUCACUUGGAGGCAUUAGAGCUGGUUCUGGAACUGGAGGAUCUACUGGGAAAGCUGGCCCUCCUCAGAGCUGGCUACGAUGAGGAGAUCAGGCAGCUGGAGUCGUACAUCCAGAAUGAGACGGUGAUCUUACAUGACAACACCAAACGGUCCCUGGAUGUGGGUGACAUCAUUGAUAGCGCCAAGAAUCAGUUUGUAAACAUGGCCGCUCUCACCAAGGUGGAGGCCGAGCGGUGGCAUCAGAGAAAGAUGGAAGAAAUGGUUGUAAAAGCACAAGAGCGUGAGCAAGAUGUGCGAGAUUUAAAGAGGGAUAUCUCACAUAUGGUGUGCCACAUCCAGAGGCUCAAAGGGGACCUGGAAGCUCUCACAAGGAAGGAAGAGUCCCUGAAAAAGGAAAUCGGUGCCAUUCGAGCAGAAGGCGAUAACAACCUGGAGAAGGCACGGGAGGACAUCGCCCAGCUGCAGGAAGCCUUGAGGCAGGCAAAGCAGGACUUGGCUGGACAGAUCCGUGAACACCAAGAGCUGAUGAACCUCAAGCUGGCCCUGGACAUCGAGAUCGCAACCUACCACAAACUGCUGGAGGGCGAGGAGCAGAGAUUUCUAAAAGCAAACCAAUCCCCCCAGUGGACCCCUCCUCCAAGAAGCACCUGCUGAUCCAGGUGGAAGCGGAAGUAGGCAGAGUCAUGUCCAAAAGCUUCCAUUAUCACUCCUCAGUCUGCAGCAUUACAGCCACAAAAUGCGAAUUAAAAACCUUAAAUCAAAUAAGCUCUGUGUGCUAUGUGCUUUCUGGCAGAGAGAACAAACAACAGGUUGGGAAUUCCUCCUUAAAUCUGUACUUGAAUUAGAGAUAGUUU